AUGCGUCGAUUCGUGCCGUUGCCACCAGGCCGGCGGGACAUCAGAUCAAAGGGGUCGUCCAAUGCCCGGGCAAGGAUGAUGGGUGCCAAGCAGCCCCCCAAUACAAAAUGCAAACCAUCCCGUCCAAGAGUGAGUCGGCACACUGACAUUGGUUCCGAUACGACGAGUUCAGACGUGGACGGGUGCCAACGAUCAACACUGGCAACCGACCACGAACCUGCAACCGGCAAAGUUUCGGAUGCAGAGUAUGAAAUCUUCGUAUCAGAAGGUGCGCGAAUGCCAGAUAUUCCUCCUGCAGACAAAUUUGUAAGUUGCCGCCCAGCCCCGGGUGGCGUUUAUUUAAUAUUGCAAAGAGGUGCUCGGCAGGAACUGCAGGAGCCGCGCCGGUGCCUGGAUGUCCAGGGGACCUUGGAAGAACUUGAAGAGGAAGUUCCUGAAGUAGACGAAGAUGGACCGGAAGAGGGGCCCUGGAGCUCUGCUAAGCCUGGAUGGCGACCGAUUGCCGCAGGCACUCGGCCAAGUCGACAACGACCAAUUGCACCCCAUGGCAGGGUGAGAGGCGAGUUUGGAAAUACAGCAUGGCCAUAUGGUCCACGGAGAGUGUCAUUGGAGCGGCCUCAUUCAGCGCAGUAUGCGAAAGAGGUCCCGCACCAGAAUUCACACCCAAACCAGCGGCCAUCGUCAGCAAGGGCUGCACUAACAACCGCCUACAGGCCUGGAUCUGCCAGGGCGACCCCUCUCCGGCCUUCGUCUGCGGCAUCUUCUGUCCGAUCGGGAUCAGCCCGACCAGCAUCAGCACAGCCCGAUCCUGCGCAGCCUGCAUCAGCACGGCCAGCGUCAGCACGGCCAGCCUCAGCACGGCCAGCUUCAGCACGGCCAGCCUCAGCACGGCCAGCCAGACCAGCCUCAGCCAGACCCGCCUCAGCACGACCAGCUUCAGCACGACGAGCAGCCUCAGCACGGAGACCAGCCUCUGCACGACCAGCAUCAACACCCCCUGGCCAUGUGAAGCAAAGGCCUGCACAAAGGCCUGCUUCUGCCCCUCCAAUGCAUGCCCCACUCUACUCUCAGGAGGCCCGCAGACCACAAUCAGCGCCUGCCUUCAGAGAGAGGCAGUCACAGGGUUUCAGCCAGAUGCUGUCAACAGAAUACAGCAAAGCCAUGGGCAGCGUACUGUUUCAGCAACAGGACUUUUUGGAUAAACGAGCAGCUGACACUUCAAAAAGUGCACACUCACAGUGUCGGACAACACUGAUGCACAACUGGCUCAUCGCCUACCAAAAGAGCCGGCUCCGUGCACGCAUGGCAUGCCGACCACUUUUUGGUGAAGGUAGCGACGCCAAAUUCACCUUCCCAAAGACUUAUGCACCGGCGCCACCACCUUUGACAAAACGAAAAGAGCGAAAAGAACGGGACUUGGAAGAGGAGAUUCGCCAGAUUGAGAUAGCUCUUGGAGGCCCAGUGACCCGUGAAGCUUCGAAGGCUUCUGCGUGCGCCGAAGAUGAGGAUGUGAGGCCCGUUGAUACGGCAAAAUCUGCGGAAACAACUGCGGUGGGAAGGCGUGGCUCUCUCCUUCUCCCGAUUGACAAGGGCGGUGGUCUUGACCUUACGGGCACGAUUGGCAAGAAAAUGUCCUUAGCCUCUCAAUCCGAGCCAAAGGUGCAGCCUGUGCGAACGCUUCCAUUUGACACCCCUCGUGGCGCUAUGACACCUGGUGCCUCCACGGUUUUCAACCAAAUGUCGAUGAGAGAGCCCUCAGUCGGAGGAGGCACUGAAGGAACUUCAGUGUCUGGCCUGGAUUUCUCUGAAGCCAGCGAUUUCCUGCCGACAGUUGGCAUGAUGCCCAAGAAAGAGAUGCUCCACAAGGUGUUUCACAGGCUUGCAGACGAUGGGGAGGUGCAUAAAGAUGUUUUGUCGCAGUCUUUGGAGCUUCUAGGCAUUCGUCACAUCAAGCAGCCUUGGAUUGAAAAGAUCCUGUUGUCGGUCACCAGGUAUACUACGCUGAGCUUGGAUGAAUACAUGAAUUUUGUCCAUGCAUAUAUGGAUUUGCAGAGCAAAGAGUAUGAGAGUGCCUUCUAUCAGCUGGAUAAGGAUGGUUCUGGAACCAUCGAGGCCAAUCACUGGCACGUCCAAUUGGCCGGCACAUCGGCUGGUGCACCUCAGGCUGGCGAGUUGUCCGAGCUUCUCUUGAGCAUCGGUAUAACUCCAAUGGAUCACGCAGCUCGGCUUGCAACGCCCGCGGGCCGCUGCUUGGCGAGCGCGGCCCAGCGCUUGCGUGAGCCGCGAGCCCAGCCCAGGUGA